AUGGCGUCCCCAACUAGCCCACCCUUCCAAGACCUGGAUAUCUCAACCGCCCCCGGAGCACCGCAAGUCCAGAUCAUAACCAUGAAGAAAGCGCCCGAGAAUCGCCUCAACUCUCAAUACGCCCAAACACUCAUCGCCGCACUCCGCUACAUCGAAACUCAAGUAUUCAAGCCCGAUGCUCCCGGAGCAGUCGUUAUCACAUCCUUCUCCUCCAAGUUCUGGUGCACCGGCCUUGAGCUCGACGAGGGCGACACCAACAUCUACGCCAACUCCGAUGGCUUCUAUCCACUGUUGGCUACUCUCUUAGACUACCCGUAUCCGACAAUCGGGUGCAUUACGGGCCACACUUUUGGUGGUGCGUGCCCUUUUGCGCUGUCAAUGGACUACCGAGUCAUGAACUCAGAACGGGGUUUCCUUUCGAUGCCGCCUGUGAACCUCGGUCUGCAUUUUCACGGGAUUGGAUCGCUGCCGCGACUGAAGCUUGGGCCUAGGAUUGCACGGAAGAUGCUGCUGGAGGCGCAUCGCUGGACGGGCAAGGCAGCCUUGGAGGAUGGCAUUGUCGAUGCAGUGGCGCCGCCGGACAAGAUGCUGGAGGUAGCUGUGGGUUUGGCCAAGCAGCAUGCUGAUCGGGCAACUAUGGGUGUGUAUGGUCUGCUGAGGACCGAGCUGUGGGGCGAAGCGUUGGAGAAGAUCAAGAGCAUCAGCUAUGUGCAUAGGAGGAGGGAGGGGACCGCGCCAAAAGCGAAGAUCUGA